UCAGUCUUCUUUUUUUUUUUUUAUUCUUAUACGAUCUCAGUCUUUUCGAUAAAUACAACAAAGAAAGAACAAGAAAACUUUGUGUCGUGUCUAUUUAACGUGAGUUAACAAAAAAGAUUUUUUUUAAGAUAUACCUAGUGAAGGUGCAAAAAGUUGCAGGUGUAACAAACAAUCAAUGAUCGACAUUUGUUUUAAUAUAUCUUCACCAAUAUCAAGUUCACUUCUCUGAUUUGUUAUCAUCGAUGUGGAUGCAAUUCCUUGAAGGUCGAAGGUAUCGCCGUGCUAGUUGCAUGAGAGCGAACCUUAGCCCAUAUUCGAGGAUUCAAUUUUUGAUCUAGAUCAUCAUGGAUCGAGGAGGAAGUUCGUGAAGAAGAAAAAAAGAAGAAGACAAAUGUGUAUAUAACAACUUUAACGAAGAUACUUAUUGGAAAACGAAGAGAAAAUGAAUACACUUACGAUCAAGACGUUAUUGCUUCUAACAGGCACGAUAUGCGUCGUGAAUGCAACCUCAGCCUGCCCUUGGGCUCAAAGCGUCGCAGAACUUGAAAACUCCUGCAUUUGUGACUACAAUCUUGCUAGAGAACUUUCGGUACAAUGCGACAUCGUUGAUUACGGUCAACUACUCUCGGCUAUGAAGCGAUACGCUUCAAAGAUCACCGUUGAUCUCUUUUACAUUAAUAACAGUACCAUUGGUACUUUAAAAAAUGGAUCUCUUUCAGCGUUAAGAAUCAAUAAUAUACAAUUAUCUGGUUGUCGUAUUUCGAUAGUUGAACCUGAAGCAUUCAAAGGCCAAGAAAAUACAUUGAAAAGUCUUAAUCUGAAAGAUAACGAGCUGAUAGAAAUACCUAUUGAUACGUUGAAGACUUUGAAGAACCUUACAGUGUUAGAUCUAUCGAUGAACAAGAUUACAAAAGUUCCAGAUGAUGCCUUUGCUGGAUUGAAACUGGUCACUCUAAAAUUAUCCGACAAUGAAGCCACUCUCUCGUCAGCUGCCUUUAAAGGUUUAGAAGCGAGUUUGAAAAAUCUUAAUCUUAAAGGUACUCGACAAAAAAAAGUACCGGAAGCAUUAAGAGGUCUCAAAGCUCUAGCCUUUCUGGAUCUAUCUCAAAACAGUAUACAUGAAUUACCUGGGUCAGCUGGUGUCAAAGCAUUCGAAGGACUAGACUCAUUGACUGGUCUCAACCUUGAGAGGAACUUGAUCCAAAAUAUCGGACCAAAUGCUUUCUAUGGAGUCAGAAAUACUUUAAGCUCUUUGAGUUUAUUAAACAAUCUCAUCCCUGAUUUUCCAACUGCUGCAAUCAACAGUAUUCAUGAUCUUAGGGUACUGGAUAUCGGAUUCAAUCUAAUAACGGAAUUACCGAUAAAUGCUUUUCAAGGUAAUCCAUCGGUAACGCUUCUCGCUAUCGAUGGAAAUCCUUUGUCCACUGUACCAGAACGAGCAUUAGCAAGAUUAAAUGGUACUCUGAGAGGACUGAGCUUGGGAGGAAGAUUUCUUGUAUGCGAUUGCAAAUUACGUUGGAUCGUCGAUUGGAUCAAGACUAGGGAUCUUCAAGUAACUAGCCGCGAACGUAAACCACCAUUUUGUGGUAGUCCACAGAGAUUACAAGAAAAGAAUUUUUACAACAUCGACAUAAACGAUAUGACAUGUGAAAGAACGCCAGAAAUUAUUGGAAUUGGCACCGUUGAAAGUGUCGACACAAGAGAACCGACAGGUCCAAGUGAUAAUCUAGGUGUUGCUACUCAUCAUUCAACGAUAAGACCACAGAUAUUCAGCCAAACAACUAGUACAUCAACUACUACACCUUCGACAACAACGAUCUUUUCAACUACGGAAUUUAGAAAAACCACUGAAGCGCCUCAAACAUCCACUAUGUUUACUUCGACGACUAACAGACCAACUGCAGCUCGAACAGGAAAUGUAGUUAUAAUGAGGACUACUCUAAGUCCACCUAGACAUGUUCAGGAUCAACCUCAGCAACAUCAGCCAAGACCUCCUUUGGUUCUUGGCUCUCCUCUUUAUAAAGCUAAGUCAAGUGAUAGAGAUAUCAUAGUGAAGGACGUACUUAGACAGGAUAACUCAGUGAUCAUCUAUUGGGACACAAAGGCACCUAAGAGUUUAGGAUUUCGCGUGAUUUACCGAUUAUUUGGAGAUGACAGUUUCGAGCAGGCUCCACCUCUUGAUGCUAGCGAACGUGAAUUUAAAAUAAAGAACGUACCCUAUCAGGAAUGCAUCAUAGUAUGUGUCGUUUCGUUGGAAGAGACCAAUCUCACACCAGCAAAUGUUCCCUAUCAACAAUGCAGAGAAGUCAGAACAGAAAAUUCACCAACUUCUAACAUGGACAAAAUCACUAUAGCUGCCAGUGCAGCCAUAUGUGCGACUAUAGUAGUUGCAGUGAUAAUCUUCGUGGUUGCUAAUAGAAGAAGAGCUCGUAAACUUCACACACUUCAUAGUAUCGAUCAAACUAACAUGGGCGGGCCUAUAGCAGGCUUGCCAGUUAAUUGUUGCUCAACCGGUGGUCCAACACCAAGUCCAGGAGGACCUCUGUCUUCUAUGGCGACCUUGAGUGCUUACAAUGCUCAAAAGGAAUGGGAUCAAGUAUCAGCUUAUAGUAACAGAAGUAUACCAAGACCUAGAAUCUUUCCUGUUGAUCGACAAGGUACGAAUAUGCUUGCUCUAUCUAAUUAUGAUGUGAUAAAUGAUCUAAAAUUAAUACGUUUGUUAUAUCUAAUUUUAGGUUCGAUUACUAGAGCUUCUUGUAUCGACGACGUUCGUUCUCAAGCAGGCCACUACGGUGGUAAAGUAUCUACACGUUCGGUUGCUGAUGGACAAUCACAACAUAGCUUCUCUAACAACUCUACACGAUAUUUUGCUAACACAACUUUAGGAUCUAAUCUCGUAAAUACUAGACCAGAGUUACGUCAGUCACGUCAAUCGUUAGCAGCAGCUUCCGAUAGAAUGUCGCGCAGCAAUUAUACCAACAAUCACAUGCCCUCUCACGCUUCCUCGAGAAGACAACGCCCAAGAUCACGUAAUCGUACCUUGGAACAAAAUCCACCAAGGCCUGGCAGUCGCUAUAGUCUAGCUGAUUCCACGCAUACGUUAAAUAAUUACGAUGAAAAUAAUUGGACCGAUCAUGACAUGGACAUAUACAUGACACGUAAUCCAACUACGAGAAGCGGUCUGAUGCCAGUAUGAUCAUCGAUUUUACAAACUUGUGUUCAGUCGGUUCGUUUGAUUUUAUGUGAUUUGAUGCAUCAACGUACAACAACGUACUCGUACUAGACUAAGUUAGCAAUAAGGCCGAUCGAAUCGAAUGAUAACUACUGUUUAGAUCAUCGUAUCGAUCAUUUUUAUAAAUUGUAUGACUUUGGUACUUUUAAUAUGUACCAACGAGCCAAACAAUUGUUCAUUGGUUCAUUCGAACUAUGAUCUUAUUUUGAAUAAGUAUUCGCUGAACGUAUUUAUACCCAAAGAGACUGCAUCGCGAGGUGAAAUGCAUUCGACGGAACAAGCGUUCUGUCCUGAACGAAUGUUAAAUAUUUUUAAAUAGAAUUUAUAGAUAUACAAGCUGGAAAGUUAAGUGCAUUAUCGUCAAUUAAUUAAAAACACACUGAAAUUCAUUAAAGAUUAAAAUCCAUCAUUUUUUCUAAUCAUUCGACGAAUCAAUAAAAUGACUCACCCUGGUA